UUUGAGAAAAGAAUACAGUGGAGGCCGAACGGCAAAUGAGACCUAGGUAGGAGCGCGAGAAACUGAAGUAAAAUACCAGAACGGUAGCGGGGGGAAAAUGGGAAGCGAAGCAAAAAGCAAUGGCAGCAGUGGUGGAGGAUUCAGGUCAAAAUUGGAACAUGCCUUGUAUAGUGGAGACAAGAAGCAUGUAGUGGCUGGAAUCGCCAUUAUUAGUGUGGUUUUUGGCGUCCCCUGGUACCUCAUGACUCGAGGAACAAAACAUCGGUCUCAUCAAGAUUAUUUGGAAAAAGCCGAUAAAGCACGGAGUGAAAGACUUUCCUCUGGUUCUGCUCGAGGAGCUUCAUAAACUUUACUUGAAGUGAUUAGUUUCCAGUGAGCAUUUUGAUAGUUAGGUACAAAGGAUCUUGGUUAUUGUGCACACUUUCCUUUAUCUUUGGUUUACUGAGAAUGGUUUGCAACCCCCUUACGGGUGUUUUUGUUUAUUGUGUUAUUGAGAUACAUUAUGCGGAUGAAUACUGAGUAAAAAAUUGAAAUGUUGGAAGACUUAGAAGUCCAAGUAGAAGCUGUACUGUGAAAAUUUUUUUUUUGACAAUUUGGCAACUUACUUAAUUACAUGAAAUAAAACUCGAUAUGUUUAUUGAAUGAUUUA